AUCAGCCAAUCAGAAGUGAUUACCAGAGGUCCAGACUGCACCAAAGUCUUGCUAGCUGCUACUGUUUGUACUUUAACCUUCUUGAUGAGGAGACCUGAAACAACAUGGGGAGGCUGAAUUUUUACGUCCUUUGUUCCCUGCGUGACGCUCCCCGCCAGUUCAUCAGCAAAUCCAACCGAAGUUGCUUUCACGUCCACAUCCCACUGCCUCUUCCUAAACACCUGGUCAUCUUUGGUCUUGGAGAAUGGAAUUGCAGCGAGACAACAAUCUCGGUAGAUGUUCUGGUCAGUGCAGAAGUACCGGCCCAGAAAAUUGGGACUCUGUCAGCUCAAGCCAGGUGCCUGACCUGGGAGGGUGACUGGAGCACUGACAUUGUCACAGUGGCAGCAGAGAGAGGCAGGAGAGGAGUUUAUGGCAAGAUUGUGCUCACAGUCUGUAGAGAGACUUGUGACCAGCCACAGGAUGAAGCCAGUGUCUUCAGCAGUACUCCGCUCGUUCGAGGGAAGUUACUGUUCCCAGACCAGCAUGAUGCCACUGAUCUCUCUUGCACGUUACACCAAAGCGCUGGAAAUGAAACGAUAACUCUCAACUCCUCACACUUGGGUGAUAGUGUUUGCUAUGCUGAUAUUCAAGUUAAUAAAACUGACACCAGUGAUUCCACUAUGGGAAAUAAUAAACUCCUGUUUUGGCCUACGGAUAAGACGCCCAGAUGUAGAGUUAUUCGUAAGAUAGGCCACCUGACAUGGAGCUCCGAGGACGCAGACUGUCUCGGAGAGGACAUAGACCAGGCUUCAUCCCCCAAGAAAAGGAGGCUGGAGGACAUAGACCAGGCUUCAUCCCCCAAGAAAAGGAGGCUGGAGGACAUAGACCAGGCUUCAUCCCCCAAGAAAAGGAGGCUGUCCAGGAUGAACAGCAUAGAGGAAAUUACUGUGCAGAUAAAGAAUGAGAACAGAGAAGUUUCAGUGUGUCCAUCAAAGCGCUGCAGCCAUACGAUGUGUCUGAGUGACUUUGACACAGCCAUCCUCAUCGGAGGGGAGACCGCGGAUCAAAACUGCUGCAAGGACUCGCUGUGGAAGCUCGAGUUGGACAAUGACUUCUGGUUCCCCAUGAACUCCUCUGCCUCUGGACCCGUACCACCCUGUGCCCGAGGACACUCUGCAACCUAUGACCCUGACUCUAAGUCUGUCUAUGUUUAUGGUGGCCUGAGGGAAGGUCAGCGCUACAACGAGCUGUACAUCCUUGACACUCUUACCUGGAAGUGGAAGCUUGUCACUGCGAAAGGGGAUGUUCCAAAUGUGGCCUAUCAUUCUGCAGCCUUUUAUAAGAAAGAGCUUUUUGUCUUUGGUGGAGUUAAGCCAAGCCGUUCUUCUGUGGAUAAAUCCUGCAGUAAUGCUCUGUACAUCUUUAACCCAGAGUUUGAACUCUGGUACCAGCCGAUUGUGGAUGGAGACAAACCUCUGCCUCGAUUUGGACACUCAGCCACACUGAUGUCACAGAAGUUGAUCAUAUUUGGUGGACGGCAGACUGCUGCCUACCUUAAUGAUGUCCAUGUUCUAGAUCUGGGAUUCAUGGAGUACACAGCUGUGAAGUGUGGUAACAUGCCACCGCUGCCUCGAGGGUUUCAUGCAGCUCUACCAGUUUCAGACAACAGGAUUUUAGUGAGUGGAGGUUGCAGUGCAAUUGGAGCCCUGCAGGAUGUACAUAUGUUCAACACUGACACCAACAUGUGGAGCUCAGUGGUGUCUCCUCCGCUUUGCUCCAAGCCUCGUGCAGGACACAGCAUGAUAAACUUGAGCUCCUCCAUCCUGACGGAUGCAGAGAGGCGUGAACAGGGUGAAAAUGUCAGUGUCCACUGCACAUUGCUGGUGUUUGGUGGAUCAGACAGCUCGGGUACAUUCUACAACGACACAGUGAAAUGCACAGUGGCAAUUCCUGGUAACAAGUGAUGGGGAAGAAAUCCAUUCAUGAAAAACCUUUUUUUUUUUUUUUUUAAUCAUUUUUAAAACGUGGAGGAUGCUGUGAUCUACCCUGACAGAAAAAUAACGAUCUUCCAAGUGUGUGUAUUUGUAACAGUUAUUUUUGGUUGUUUGUCUUACAUGUUAUAUACUUUUUGCAUGAUGUGUUCUGCAGCUUAGACUUUUUGUCGUCGUCCCCCCCCCUCCCCCCCUCUUAUAAGUCUCUUUUAAUAACCAUUCAUACUUCCUUCACACAGGCAAGCAGUGAGCUCAGAGGUUUUGCACUUUGCAUAACAAAUCUCUGAUAUGCAUGUUUUACACAUUACUUAAUGUCCUCUACCUUGUCCCCACAUAUCAGUAUGUAUUUAAGGGUAAAGUGCUGGACUGGGUAAAAUGGAUAAAGUCAAAAUGCCAAUAAAUAUUUCAAACUCAAA